UUGCUGGCUUUUUCCAUUGUAAUUUAUGAAUGCAUAUUUGGAAAUGCAUUCAUUAAACGGAACAUUUCAUGAUUAAUCUUGUCCGAGAUAAUCGUGAAAUUGGCACUUUUCAAACAUUGCGAAUCCCGUCGUAUGAUCCUCGUACAUAUUAAAAAUUCAAAUUUCUCUUCAUCGUUGAUUUCUUGGGUCACGUAGAUAGGAAAUUGCGUAUAUCGAGUUACACCAAAGUAAGAAUUUCGUAGCCGACAAAAAAAAUGAUUUUCCUGGUCAGUCCAACAAAUAUUUAUCAUGUUAGCGUGCCAACUGUGUCGAUGCCUUCUUAAACGAAGUACCACCUUAUAAACAGAACCGUUGCUUGGCAGAAGAAUUUGGUAUAAAUGGCUGGCUUUCUCUUUCUCACUAUUUUUGGUGUCAGCUUUCUGUGGUUGCCUGGCGAAGGGCAACUACAAGCCCCUUCAGCUGGUAGCACUUUGGUAUUUACAAAUGGAUCAACUGCAAAGAUUACCUGGCCGUAUAAAGCUGAUAUAUCUAAAUUGAAUUUUCGGAGUUGGUCCUUCAUCAGCAGUAAAACGAAAAAGUUGGAAACGCUGGCAACUAUAGUGGGGAAUGGUACGAGCGUUACGAAAUCUGCGAGUAGCUUGCACGAUUUUGAGAUUGAAACGCCCACCACCUUGAUCCUGAAGAAUAUCGAUGUCACUUACGACGGAACAUACCAGUUUGUCCUAACACCCAGUCGCGAUGCUGUAUCUAACGUUGUCGUUUAUAUCGCAGAAAAACCAACCGUGAAUUUAAACUGUUCCAGUUCAAUCAUCGUAAAUGCAGGAGACAAUGUCAGAUGUGUCUGCAGCGGAGAAAAUGGAAACCCAUCACCAAAUGUUGCUUGGUAUAAAGACGAUAUACGAAUUGGCGACUUCCAACUCAAACAAAAUUUGCUCACCAUUAUUAAUGUCCGUGAAAAAGACAGUGGGACUUAUAAAUGCGUCGCCCAAAGUCACGUCAAUGUAACAGAUGAAAAAUCAAUCAAAGUUGUGUUAAAAGGUCACAACAAUUCACAGCAAAAGUCGUAUAAUGACAGUCGGACUAUUUGGUAUAUUCUGGUUGUUUCACUUGUAUUUCUCGGUGUCGUUAUUGGGUAUAUCUCUUUGUUGAUAAUGUUCUGUAAACUUCGACGACAGUUCAAAGCUGUAGACAGCGGGAGCGAACUGAAUAUUCAUAGAAAACGUAACGGCACAGAUGUCUUACGAUCGGGCGUUGUUAAUAGUUUACGAAAUGUCGGUGGAAGUUUCGAUGCUUACGCAAGGAUGACUUGAUCUAAACAGCGAUAGC